AUGGUAGCUGAAACCAAGCUCUAUGAUGCCUUGAGCAUCAAACCCACCGCAACCCAAGAUGAAAUCAAGAAAGCCUACCGCAAGGCUGCCUUGAAAUAUCACCCAGACAAGAACAAGGACAAUCCGCAGGCAUCUGAGAAGUUCAAAGAUGUAUCCCAAGCAUACGAAGUCCUAUCUGAUCCCGAAAAACGUAAGGUCUACGAUCAAUACGGCCUUGAAUAUCUACUCCGCGGCGGCCCCCCACCAUCAAGUGGUGGAGCCGGAGGUGCAGGCCCUGGUGCCGGGGGCAUGCCCGGUGGAUUCGAUUUCGGUGGCAUGCCCGGCGGCGGCGGCGCACGCACAUUCCACUUCUCGACCGGUCCAGGCGGCAGCGGAGGUUUCCGAUUCCGUAACGAAAACGACAUCUUCACUGAAUUCGCCAAAGCGACUGGCGGUGGCGGUGGCGGCGGAGGCGGUCUCGAUGAUGAUAUCUUCUCAAUGCUCAAUGGCGGUAUGGGUGGCUUUGCGCGUGGACGUGGCAGCGGAGGAGGAGGAUUCUCGCAAAAAGCACGCCGUGCACCGACACCCGAGCCGACUGUUGUUGAGACCGACUUGGUGCUCACCUUGGAGGAAAUUUUCAAGGGCACUACCAAGAAAGUUAAGACGAAGAGCAAAGCAUUUGAUGCUAGUGGAAAGCGCACUGUCGAUGAAGUGACGCUGGAAGCUACCAUAAAACCUGGCCUGCGCGCUGGAUCGAAGAUUAAGUAUAAGAAUGUUGGCGACCAGGAAGAAGGCGGUCGACAAGACGUGCAUCUUAUUGUUAAAGAGGCCCCACACCCCGAUUUCAAACGUGUUGGCGACAAUCUCGUUACAGAAGUGACCCUCACACUUAAGGAAGCCUUGACAGGCUGGGAACGUAUCGUGCGCACAAUUGACGGCAAGUCAAUCCGCGUCAGCAAGCCCGGCCCAACACAACCCGGCCACGAGGAACGUUUCCCUGGUCUGGGCAUGGUGAUCUCCAAGAAGCCCAGCGACCGCGGUGACCUUGUCGUCAAGGUCAAUGUCAAGUUCCCCACCAGCUUGACCGCUGAACAAAAACAAAUCUUGGGCGAUGUGCUGUGA